UGGCUUACGUCAUCCGUUUGACAGAUUUACAUUUUACAUGGAAAAAGGAAAACAGAAAACAGUAAAAAGAGCAAAAACAGGCGAAACUAUUGUGGGAUCAACAAUUUAUUCGUAAAUAACAUCAAGAUGAAUGAGAUUGAUGAUAAAUUUUACUACGUGUAUAGUUCCUCAUUGGAUCACAAAGUCGAGAUAAAAAUAGGCACAUUAGAAGGCAAGCGAGCUAAACCGGAAUAUGACAAGCUGCUCUCAGAUCCGAUGCUCAAGUUCUCCGGUCUGUACCAGGAAGGAUGUUCCGACUUAUAUGUGACCUGCCAGAUACUGAGCGAUGGACAGCCUCUGGCGUUACCUGUUACAACGUCUUAUAAGUCUUUUAGUAAUCGAUGGAAUUGGAACGAAUGGGUGACGCUACCAGUGUACUUCAGCGAUUUACCCCGCAACGCGACCCUGGCUAUGACGAUAUACGACUGCGCUGGGCCGGGCAAGCUCAUGGUUGUGGGGGGCACUACUAUAUCGCUGUUUGGGAAGCAUGGCAUGUUGAGACAGGGUAUGUUCGACCUUCGCGUGUGGCCGGGCGUGGAGGGCAGCGAGAAGACUCCGGGCAAAGCCCCCGAUAGGGGCAAGGAGCAGAUGCAGAGGCUCGCCAAGCUGGCCAAGAAACAUCGGAACGGACAUAUACCUAAGGUGGACUGGCUAGACCGGCUGACGUUCAGGGAGAUAGAAAUGAUAAAUGAAAAGGAAAAACGCAGUUCAGACUAUAUGUACUUGAUGGUGGAAUUUCCUACGGUGCAGAUCGCUGGGAUCGACCAUGCAGUAGUGUACUAUGAACAAGAUGGCGACGAGAUGUAUCAGUUCCGAGCUCAAGCUGACAUCGUCACCGUACCUGACUAUGAGAUCUUACAGGAAAACCUAGUAGAAAGCAAACAGCACCGUCUAGCUCGUUCCCUCCGGUCGGGAGUGUCGGGUCGCGACGCCAAGCCAACUGCGGCCGAGCGCGACCAGCUCGCCGCGCUAGUGGCCGCGCCACCAGCCCGCCCGCUCACUGCCACCGACCAGGACCUGCUGUGGAAGUUCAGGUUCUACUUAUCAUCACAUCGCAGAGCGCUUACGAAAUUCCUGGAAUGUGUCAACUGGAACAGGCCAGGCGAGGUGCGGCAAGCCCUGUCUAUGAUGAAGCAAUGGGCGCCCAUGGACGUAGAAGAUGCACUUGAACUAUUGACUCCUAAGUUUACACAUCCCGCUGUCAGAAAGUACGCCAUCUCCCGUCUGAAACAAGCGCCCGAUGACGAUCUCUUACUGUACUUGCUACAGUUAGUACAAGCUCUGAAAUAUGAAGACUUCAACGAGAUACAUGACGAAUACGCUCGCGUAUGCGGCAAAGACCCGAGCACAGCUGAAUUAGAAUCUCGCGAGAGUCGCCUCAUGCAGAGUGGACACAGGGGUAGUCAAGCAAGUUUGUUGUCAGCCUCAGUGCUAACAGCAAGUGAGAUGACGUCAUCGACGACUAGCCGUCGUUCUACCGACGCCACCAUCGAGGAAGCCCCCGCUGCUAUCGAUUCUAAUGUUAGCGUCAACAAUAAUAACGACAAUGCAAAUCUAAUGGAUAAUAAUAACCCUUUCAGUGAAGACCCAUCAGAAGAGCGUCUAUCCCUAGCUUCGUUCCUGAUCUCCCGCGCCUGCAGCAACAGUGUAGUCGCCAACUACCUGUACUGGUACCUGCUCAUCGAGUGCGAGGACAGCGAUGCUGCACGGGAUCUGACUGCCAGGCAUAUGUACCUCGCUGUCAUGAGGACUUUCAGCCAUCGACUGGCUAGAGGUGACGCGGACCACCAGCGCAGCCGCUCGUUCCUGGCCCGCCAGCAGGUGUUCAUCGACAAGCUCGUGAAGCUCGUCAAGACCGUCGCCCGCGAGAGCGGCAACAGGAACAAGAAGGCUGAACGACUGCAGCAGUUGCUGGCAGACCCUGAUGCUUUCAAGUUUAACUUUACUAACUUCGAGCCUAUGCCUUUCCCUUUGGACCCUAAUGUUACUAUUAAAGGAAUCGUCGCCAAAAAAGCGAGCCUAUUCAAAUCCGCAUUAAUGCCUUCAAAGCUAACCUUCUUAACCACAGAAGGCAUGGAGUACGAAGCCAUUUUCAAACACGGAGAUGAUUUACGCCAAGACCAACUUAUACUACAAAUGAUCACAUUAAUGGACAAAUUAUUGAGACGAGAAAACUUAGAUUUAAAAUUAACUCCGUACAAAGUUUUAGCGACAAGUUCUAAACAUGGGUUUUUGCAAUUUAUUGAGUCUGUGACGGUAGCUGAAGCGUUGGCUACGGAGGGUAGCAUACAGAAUUUCUUCAGGAAACAUAAUCCGUGUGAAGGUGCCCCGUAUGGCAUUAAGCCUGAAACUAUGGAUACUUAUAUUAGGAGUUGUGCGGGGUAUUGUGUUAUUACUUAUUUGCUUGGCGUCGGCGACCGUCACCUGGACAACUUACUCCUGACAAAAUCCGGAGCCCUAUUCCACAUCGACUUCGGCUACAUCCUGGGCCGCGACCCCAAGCCGCUGCCGCCGCCCAUGAAGCUCAGCAAGGAGAUGGUCGAAGCCAUGGGAGGAGUCCACUCCGAGCUGUACCAUGAGUUCCGCAAGCAGUGCUAUACUGCCUUCUUGCAUUUGCGCAGGCACGCGAAUUUAAUGUUGAAUCUAUUCUCUCUGAUGGUGGAUGCGUCUGUGCCCGACAUCGCGCUAGAACCUGACAAGGCUGUCAAGAAGGUGCAAGAUAAGCUAAGACUGGACUUAGGCGACGAGGAAGCGGUGCACUACUUACAGAAUCUUCUAGACAUGUCUGUGACAGCUGUCAUGGCUGUGCUCGUGGAACAAUUCCACAAGUUUGCACAAUAUUGGCGGAAAUAAACUGGUUUACACCACUUUGAUUUGACAUGGGACUGAAGGAAAUAAAGUCGUACUCUUGGACCUAGUAACAAACUGUGUGCAAACAUUUUCUAACAUGUCCGCGAAAUGACAACCUGCUGUGGGCUCGUGUUGACGUGAACUACUUAUGUGGAAUCUCUCCAUAAUUGGUUUCUAACGGUUUUUAGUUGAAUCUCAUUAACCCCUUGAACGCCGAUGCGCGGGUCCACGCGAGACCUAAUUGAUUUUCUAUUGUUCUCAAAUUAGCGGCAUUCAAAAUGCAUGGUCUCGGUAGGAAAUCCAUCGACUGAGAGACGAAAAUCUGCAUGCCCUAUAACCCAGAUGAGCAUAUUUUUGACAAGGGUAUUAAUUUGAUAAUAAUUGUUCAAUAUUGACACAAUUUUUGACAUAUUGCUGAUUUUAAAGUCUUCCAUUACCGGAUUUUAAUUCGUAUUUUGCAAAUUCUCAUUUUGGCAUAACAUCUUGUCCCUGUGGUCAAAGUGUAAAGCUGAUUAUAGACUAAUUCGCUACUUAGCUAUUUUUAAUGAAUUUAUUCAAUAUUUAAAAAUUGUAUUUAUGUAUGUAAUCAUUUUAUUGGCAAAAUCGCUUUUGUAAAGUUUUAUUGUACCUUUCUCGCCAAGAAAAAAAUCGCUCUCGUAUUCUGUAUAAUAUUUAUUGGUAAAAUAUUAUAAUCACACCAUUUUCAAGUUUUUUUUUACAAUAAAUUGGCUAAAUUGAAAGAUGGGCGAACAACAUACUGUGAUAAAAUUAGGUAUUAUAAGUGUUCAUGAUUUUGUAAUAAUAAAUGCUAUUUUAAUAAA